UAUUACGCCUGUUAAUUUCCUUGCCAGGGCGAAAUGUCACGACGAAAGCACUAAUUUCCCAUUGCGAAAUCAAAAGUAAAAAUAAGAAAUAAACGCAAAAAAAAGAAAUAAUUAAUAAAACAAAAUAACGGCAAAGAAAUCCCUUUUGCAGUUGUGCAACAGUACUGCAGUUACGAGUACAACGCGCAAUAUCCGCUCACUAGAUACGAACGAGAGGAAACUCAUUUGCGCCAACUGUAAAACACGGCUGAAAGCACAAACGCUACAAAAUACUCAAACGCGCCAGACGUUGCAGCAUUGUUGUUGCAUGCAACAAAUACCAGCAACGCUAAAUCGGUUAAGUAUUGUAUUUUAUAGCGCAAGUGCAAGUGAUUUAUGAAGUUCAAAGUUGAAGCUGACAGUAGGCGCACGAAAUGCUGCACCAAAUAAUUACAACAACAGCAACAACAAUAACAAGCAGCUUAUAAGCUUCUUAAGCACAAACAAAUUAAUUUACAAACAUGCAUAUGUACAACAUGUUGCACGUGGCCGCACAACGCUUAGCAUCAGGUGCCGCUACUAAUGCCAUCUCGGACGGACGCGCUGUAGCAGCGGCGCACCCAUCAACACUGUCCGCAGCCUCGUCCGCAUCGGCGUUCGAUAGCGACAGCACGGAGCAGUUGUGGGGCAAUAAUAUAUUCAAUGAUGAUGGCAGUGGCGAGGAGUUGUACGAAGCGUCUGGCUUUGCGGUCUUGUGGAGCACCGACAGCAACAAUAACAAUGUCACAUUUAAUACCACAGAAUUUGUAAUGGCUUCCGCAAAUGGUAUUCUACUGCGGACGAUCACCUCACUGCAAGAUGUCACGACGGUAGCGACGGAUUUCAGUGACUCCUUUAAUCCAUACGAAACGCAUGAGAACAACUAUUGGGGUUUGUUGGCGCUGGUGUUGGUCUUCGCCACGGCCGCCGGCAAUAUUCUUGUCUGUCUGGCGAUCUAUUUAGAGCGGCGUCUGCAGAAUGUGACCAAUUAUUUUCUCAUGUCACUGGCGAUCACUGAUCUGAUGGUGGCGGUGCUGGUGAUGCCACUCGGCAUACUGACGCUGGUGAAAGGUUAUUUUCCGCUCAGCUCAUUGUGGUGUCUCGCUUGGAUUUGUCUGGAUGUGCUCUUCUGCACGGCGAGUAUAAUGCAUCUCUGCACUAUUUCGGUGGAUCGCUUCUUUUCGCUGGCGUUUCCAAUGCGUUUUGGCCGCAAUAAGACUAGUCGGCGUGUAUUUUUGAAAAUUGGUCUUGUAUGGUUCCUAUCGGUAGCAACGAGUUUACCGUUAUGCUUGAUGUACUCUCAGAAUCACGCGUCGGUAUUAAUAAACGGUACUUGUCAGAUACCGGAUCCUAUUUACAAAUUAGUUGGAUCGAUAAUUUGCUUUUAUAUACCACUGUUUGUUAUGCUACUCACAUAUUGUCUCACUAUACGCCUCUUGGCGAAGAAAAGUCAUAACUUGGGCGGAAUGUGUCAACCGCAACCGCCCGGCUGGGCGAGCACUUGGCUCGGACAAAGCAGCGCAUUCGAACGCCGUCGCACAUGGCGACGUUUCCUCAGACCGAGCUCCACUGCAGUGACACAAUCGGCGCAAUCGGCGAACUCCACCGACACCGAGUUGUCUACGCUGGACACACACGAACUGUGGCUGACCGAAGCAAAGUGAGAGCCAACAGCCACCACCAUGACAGCGCUGCAGCAGUUCGGUGCCGAAAUGUUAAAGCUGUCACGUGGCCUGGAGUCUGUGGCUUCCUCUUCGACCACCUGCUCGCCAACAAAAUCGGAAUUUUCAUCAGCAAAUCAUUUCACCAGCUGCAGUCCGCAGCACUACUCGACCAACAAGCAGUCCAAUCAGCAACAGCAUGUGAGCGGGGAGCAUUUACAAAUACCCACAGCGGCGCUUGCGGCUGCCACAGCUGAUAGUACGCUCCUGUUGCGUGGCACAAGUUUGCGGCGAAGCGCGCGUAGGGGACGUAAAAGAUCCCUUUCGCCAUCUUGCAAACCGCAGCACGCAAUGAUGACUGCUAGAAAUCGGCGCCGCUAUUCCACAGCUACACAAGGCACACGUGAAGUGCGCGCCGAUACGCCACCGCCGCAGCGGCGCAAUCGUUUCAACAGUUUGCCGAAAAAUGCGCUACUCUUCCUUUGCCGACAUUCCAGUCAAGCCACAAACAGCACAGAUGCCGACGGCACGCAGGCGAAAGGACAUUCGGACACGGAGGUUGAGCGAAACGGCAAAACACAAUGUCAGCGCAGCAACGAUAAGCAAGCAGAGUUACCACCUAUCUGCACAUGCCCAUACUUCGGCGAUCGACCGCUACAGAAUUGUGUCAAACCGACCGAGGUGAAAAUUAUACCCACCACAUUCAAGGUGACCAACGCAAUGGAAAUUGAAAAUUUACUUAAUCCACCGGAAGAAGAAUUAACUAGCAUAUUGGUUACAAACAACAGCAGUGGUAAUGGCAACGCCGUUACACAUCUAAGUCCCAGCUCGGCCGAACGCAUGAAUAACAAACAUAGCGCUAGUUCGCUAACUGUACACUCCACUGAUGGCAGCACGUCGGGUAAUUACUUGAGUGCUGCAGCUCCGCCGGGUACACCAUGUCCCGGACGUCGGAAACUCAGCAUCUCGAAAACAGCAUCGAUUAUUACGUGGGAUGCAAGUCGUCAUCGUACACGUGGUUCCAGUUUCGGUAGUACGCGAACUACACUGCUACUAACACCGACCAAAACCGACACGGUACUCACGAGCUCCUCCUCAGCAACGCCGCUGCGACGUUCCGCCACGCUACGCAGUCACAACAACAUGAAUUAUCUACAAGUUUCUACGGCCUGCGAUGGCACAGUGAAUGUCGUCGAAGCGGGCAGGUUACGUCCAAAAACUAGCACGCCACAUUCCUCACCAUGUCUAUUGCAACGCAACCAAACAGUACGCUCACAUCACUCACGUAAUUCAAGCGUGAUUUCCCGCAAUUCUUCACGUCACGGCCGUAUCAUCAAACUCGAACAGAAGGCGACCAAAGUGCUGGGUGUGGUAUUUUUCACUUUCGUCAUACUUUGGUCGCCCUUCUUUGUGCUCAAUUUGUUGCCGACGAUAUGCGGUGAUUGCGAGAAUCGUAUAGCGCACUGGGUCUUUGAUGUAGUCACCUGGCUGGGCUAUGCUUCGUCCAUGGUGAAUCCCAUCUUCUACACCACCUUCAAUGAAGUGUUUCGUAAAGCCUUCAAGAAGGUGCUCACUUGCCAAUACUCCACUACAACCAGUUGGAAUCCAAGCAUGUAGCAGAAACUGGAAAUCUCGAAAACGAAAGUCAAGAAACAGCCGUCGGAUACGAGCUCAUCCGGUCUGUUGUCGAUAAUUAAACGUCGCAGCUCGUCAAGUCGCAGCGGUAGCCGCAGUAGAUAAAUAAUGGAGUUCGGCACAGACUGUGUACAGCUUUGAAUGGGUGUUUGAGGUAGAGUCUGUGUAUAUAUUUUGUAUGAGUAUUAGAGUGUGUAUGGAUUUUAGUAAAGUAUGUAAGUUAAUAUUUAAUGUAUUAAGUAACUCUGUAAACUAAGCUCUUAGCUAAUUUAUUGUAUAUAUGUAGGUAUAUAGAUAUGUAUGUAAGUAUAUGUGUGGUUUCCAACAGAAGUUACAAGAAACCACAUCAUUUAUAUUAUAUAUUCCAAUAAGCUCUAGGGAUAGCAUGUAAAUAGCUGGAAGCAUAUAGAUAUCGGUAUAUUGAGGUGGUUCUUAUAUAUAGUAGAAACAAAUUUUGUACAUCAGAUUCGCUACCAUGAAUUUGCUACGGCCUCACAUAUAAAUUUAAAAAGGUUUAUGGAUUUUAGAUAUUUUUUCUUCUCGAAAAAGCACCAUUACAAUGGAUACCACAAAAUUACUUUGGAUAAUGAAGAUAGUGGACAGACCAGAAGACUUCUAGUUUUAUAAAAGAGGGCUCGAGUAAUAUAGCAGCGGUUGAGAUCGGAUAUCUUCCACGGCUCCAAAUGUAGUUGGACGCCAUUUGAGCGCACUAUUAGCCGAAUGAUUUCUUAACGACCUGCACUUUUCAACCGAACAACUCGGUCUUCAAAAGCGACACAAAUUACUUGUAAUAUGGGAUAUAUUUGAAUGAAUGAAAAGGCGAAACUGUAAACUAUUUAUUUUCUAUUCUUUUAAUACCACCCUAACGCAUAUACAAUUAAACCAUAAAUCCAUAAAUAUGUACUUUCCUGCCGAGUUAAGUACAAUGCUGUACCUUUAUAAGCAUGGUACAACGACCAUCUGCUUCUUCCCCAUUCAUCGAUCCAUCACUUUAGAUUCGUGCGCGUAUUCGUCUGAAACAGCAGUUUCUUCGCCUGCUAUACAAAUAUCCUGCUAAGCUUGUCGGCUAUGUGAGUUGCAUUCAAGUUGGACGCCUUUAUACCUUCAAUUAAUUUCGCUUCAUUUGCUUAUGAAUACGAGUUGGAAUUUAACUUGAUCGACACACACACAUAGAUGAAAACAUAUACGAGAACAGCCAGUUAGUUUGUUUAGGUCUGAGACUAUAUUGAAUAAUGGAUUCGGGUCAGAUGAAAUUGAGAUGUGAAGUUGAUGGAGUACCGACUAACUUGUCUUCAUGAAUACCAAAGCGUGGAGAUGUUGGUAAAGAUACAUAGGCACAUAGACAACGGUGGAUUAUAUUGAAAUUUAAGUAAAGUAUUAAGCGAUUUGAGCAAAUAUAAGACUAAGCUGAACACGUAGCAUGCAAAAAGGGACGUGUAUGAAUGGUAGAUUCAAAUAUAUAAUAUAUUUGGUGAGGUAAAAGUUACAAUAAUGUGAAAAAUAUUUGAAUGUUGCGACGACAUUUUGUAAUACUUGAAGUAAAAUAUUCUUAUUCUUAAAUAUUGCCUUCUUCUACUUAUAUUUGCCUACAAAGCGAAACGAUUGGCAGGCAAAAACUUAAAAAUUAGGAAGAACCUUAUUUUCGAUAUGUAUGGUUUCCUGUGGAUCUAACCCUGUCCUUUCAAAAUUUUCAAAAUCUUAUUUAUCACUCUCAGCUUAUGGUAUCAAAGAACCAGCAAUUUUCUGAGUUCUGAACAGUACUGACGCUUAGGCUGAUACAUAAUUACUCUUGGACCAACACUGUAUCAGUCUUGGGAAAGGUACUUUUGUAGUAUGGCUAUUCAGAUUAUAUAUGUACUUCUUAAUAACCGUAGAAUUCUUUCCAUUUUUCGUUAAUUGAUUCGAUAGAAAAUCAUUCCAUACAGUAGUUUAAAUUAUCUACCCACGCUGAACCCUAAGGCAGCUAACACGUUAGUUUUGAUAAGCCGAUCCCUCCAUAUUGCGAGUGGAUCACACUUAGGCCGCUAUGUGCGGUUUUUUGUGAAGCCAGUUGGUUUGGCUGCUGGAGCUGUUGGAUAGUUCUCGACAGUGUACUCCUCCGGCAACAGUCCCCGCAAACCUUGAUUUACCCGAAGUAUUUUAGAAUGAAAUCAAAGCGUACGAGGAUUCCAGAAAGUCCAUGCUUGUCGUCAUCUAAGUACCCAGAUUCUUUGAGUCUGAUAGCAGCUUUCGCGUCCAUUUACCUUUCGCCUAUAUCCACCGGUGCUAUAUGCAGCAAGGCAAUGAGCGCCGUAGUUGGUGUGGUUCGUAGUGGACUCCACAUACUGAUGAAAACUGCUCAUUGGACACUAAUUUUUUCGAGAUUGUGGUCUUGGUCUACCAUCAUACAAAUAUUCCGUAGCAGCAUAAAGACUGGAUUAUAGUUACAUAGAAUCAAACCUUUGGUCAGAGCGCCAUCUUUCCAAUGGCUCCUCUGUAACAGUACUAGACAACCAAUGCCUUUGUUACUCUUUUCUUCAUGUUGGGUUUCAAUUUACUUCCUAGUGAAAAAAACCAGUUCGGAAACUAAAAACAAUGUCCCGAUUAUGAUUUACAAAUUCUAAGGAGUUUUUCGCUUCUUAUUCGGAUAUAAAUCUGGGUCCCUUCCGAUUACUUAGAAGCGAGUUUUGUUGUAAUAGUGGAGUUCAUGAUUUCAUACCUCUAAAUUUCCGAAUUUCGACUGAGAAAUCUAAAAUUUUUUCGUUGUUAAAUUUAGUUAAAAGAGUUUUUAUAGAUACAGGAAUCAAUGUUUUGAAUAAUCUCUACAGCUAACGAUACAUUUAGGCCACCACAAAUCCUAGCUCAAACUAGUCGAUUUUAAUUUAAAGUUUCAAGAAACUGCUAAUGAAGCCAAGCUUUACUCAUACUAUUCAGCUCUGCUUUAAAAUAGGUAGCUGUGUCUAAGUUAUAGUCUAAUUACUGCUUCGAAACUCUCCCUCUUUAUUUAUUACCCUUUUGCGAAAGUGCCAGUUUUUGAACAAUUAUUUCAACCGACUUGAAAUUCACACCAAACUCUUGUAUGGCGAUUUCUUAGGAGAUCGAUGAAAUAGUUCAGGCUAUUUCUAUGAUUUUCAAUUUCUUUCUUGUACCCUUUAUUGGUAAACAUGUCUUCAAAACUGCAAUUAAUAUAUGUACGAAUAAUAUAUUAACCAUAUGAAUACCAAAAAUAAUUAUUUGUUUGUGUUUGGUCAUGUGUCCGAAAUCAUGUCAACCAUAACCACCAGUAUUUUAUAUUCAAUUAAGUUAGGAGUUAAAAUUAAUUGCGAAUUUGUACGGAACCCAAAAUUUAAUCGACACUUGGCUGGCAACUUGACCUUGAAUGCGAAAUAGCUCCGUAGACUUGUUGGCAAUCAGAGUAUUUGCAUAGUAUGUAAAUAAGCAUAUAGAUGUAUGCGAUUCACUCUUAUAACCUUUAUAUACAUAUACACAAACAUACUAAAAAUAAAUACAUAUAUUCAUAAGUUAGUUAGAGUUAUAAUGCCUUUGCGGUGUUACGGUCUAUGCAGUUUGCGUGCUACCAUCGUGGCCACAAUUCAAAGGGGUUUCAAUUAAAAUUUUACUUGCUUAUUCGAAAGGUCAGGGAGCGAGUGUCGGGUUGUGAGAGUAACAAACUAAUUGCAAAUACGUUCAAGCUCGUGGCUAUUUACCGGACAUUAUUUUUGCUCACACAGAUAUAUGAAGAUUUUAUAUAGUGUAACGGUAUGGUAUUUAAAUUUCCUUUUUUAUAGGUGAAAAGAAAUGUAAUUACUGUUAUGCGAUUGUAGAUACAUAUGUAUAUUCGUUGAUUGUAAACUCUGACCGUCGAGGCAAUAUCGGCGACUCGACAUUUUCCGUUAGUUUCGUUCUCUCCUUACAAUGUUGGCAUGAAUAACAAAUAAACAAUGUUGAAUACUUCUUUUACCAAUGUCUAUGUUAUGUCUUAUUCCUUUAUUAUCCGGAAGGGUCAUCAUAACAAAUUCAAAAUAUCAUUUUCUUUAUAACAUGCUCGAUGUAAUUUCGAUUUCUAAGACUCUACGAGUAUAAGAAGCUUCAGUCAUUAUGCAAAAGGUUCCAUAAAUAUGUCAUCCGACUGCUAAUAUAUUACACGCCACUCAAAGAUCAAGAGCAGUCCAAAGUAAUUUUUAAAUAUAUUGAAGCCAUGGGUAGUAUCCACUUCCAAAAUAUUAGAGACAUGCGUUCCAUCUAUUACAAAAUAAUGGCUUUGAUUGCAAUUUAACUGGCGCUACAAAAAAACUUACAUCAGUCUCUAGAAAAGUUAUGUCAAUCAGUCUAUUACCAAGGGUCUUGUCAAGAAAGUUCUUGUUGGCGUCCCCUUUAUAUUAUUAUCAUUCAUGGCAUUAUUCGUAGCUGGGUUUACAGAUUUGAGUGCUUCGCUUUGGUGCUUUAAUCCAUACCUAUGUGUUUUCUUAUACCCUUAGCAAGGGGUCUUAAGUUUGUAACUGCCAUUAGAAAACGUCGAAAACCGUAUAAAGUGUACAUAUAUAAAUGUACAUAUAUAAAAGAUCAGCAUGACGAGCGGGGUCGAUUUAGCCAUUUCCGUCUGUCUGUCCGUCGUUCCAUCUGUAUAUAUAGCGAAUUAGUCACUCAUUUUUUGAGAUAUCGAUCUGAAAUUUUUCACAUAUUCGUUUCUUCCACAAGUUUCUUUUAUACGAUUUUAUGCUAUGAGAAAUAUGGUACACUUGUAAAGGGUAUCAUAGCUUCGGUACAGUUGAAGUUAACAUUGACUACACAAAAUAUCGGUGUUUCUAUUCUCUGAGGGAGAACCCCGAGACUCCAUUGCUAGGCAUACACCUAACCUAACUUAAACUCCGAAGAAAUAUAUCUGGCAUACGAAAGACACACACUUGAGCUCGAUACAGAUCAGCAGCUUAUAACGGUAAACAAAUUAUCGGCCGUUCCUUUGUCUUAAUAGCAAAUAUCUCGAUCAGUAAGUUAUCAUAAACGAAAUUUUAUUUCAGAUUUACGUUUAAGUUAUGGUGUAUCGAUCCACAAGCUCAGCGCCAAAUAUAUAAUUUUGAAGGUAUCUUUAAUCCAUAUUGCUCUCCAGUAAGUAGAGCUGAGAUUCCAGUUCGCGCUAAGUGCUCUCCUAUUUGUUCCCUUUUAGAGCAAUAUCCUACGCGUUUGUUAUAUUCAUCUAAAAUAAUAUAUCUUUAAAGUCGAAGGUAUCGAAAUAGUAAUUUUAGAUGUACUUUUAAUUACCAUGAGACGUUUGCAAUUAUAACCUAUCCCUAGCUGUUUUCCCCACAAAAUUAAUCUCGUUUUUAGCAUAGAAGCAUAGUUUUCGUCACUAAAACACAUUCAUGACGUACUCUUAAUCAACACAUGUACACAUAUAUACAUAUACACAUCCUCCAACAGCAAAAUACUGAAAUAACAAUUAAGUUUGAAAAGCACUAACCAUUAGUUCUAAACUGCAGUACGCUUACACAUAUGCUAGAUGACUCCAUUUUAUUUUUAUGCUCAUAAAGUAUGGUAAGAAUUUAUGGUAUUUCUGUCAAACCUUCUCCUGCUCGUUGCAUAUACCAUACUAGUUAUAAGUACUACUAUACCGACGAACAAUACGCAGAACAGUCGAGCAAAUAAUGCAAAUUAUUUUAGUUUAAUGUACUAUGUACCUGACACAACCGACAACUAACACAUACAUAAAUACACAUAUACUAUAUAUAUAUUCUAUAUAUUCUCGUAUAUAUAUACAUUUUCCAAAUGUGUAUUGCCACUGCUGAUGGUUUAGUUUUAAUGGCCAUAAAAGUAUCAUAAAGCUCUUGAGGGGAAAUGCAAACACAAAUUUUACAACUUCCAAGUAUGAAUUGAAAUCAAAUUGCUGUAUGCAACAAAUAGCUGUCAUUUACGAGAAUGAAUGAAUGGCAAGCUAUUAGUUGAUUAACGAAAUCGCCAUAAAACUGAAUUUAAAUAGUAAAUUCACUUUUUCACUCUCCUUGCACCAAAGCUCAGGCUACAGCUGGAGAGCUGGAAUAUAUAAUGCAAUUGAAAGUAACAUGUAAAGAUGUGUAAAGUUUGUUUGAAAUACUUGCUGCAAGUUUCAGAUUGGUGCUUAUGACAUAUAUUUAUAUAUACUAACCUAAGAGGACGUGUUAAGUUGUCAACUUUCUACAAAAAUUUAAAAAUUCUAAAUCUUGCUUUCAUAAUUUACAUAAUAUUUUUCAGAAGUUAACCUUACAAGCUGAUGGAUUUGGUAAAGGUAUUGGAAGGAUACUAGAAACAACUUUUUGGAAUUGUUCGUGCCAGCUUUAGCAAGCGCUUUCUUAUGUGCAAACAUUCGAUCGAUAAAUUGGAGAUAUCCCUUUCCAAAAACUUCUCAUGCCAGCUAACACACUUUCAGUCGGAAUCAACAAUUACAUGGUUGUAUACAUAUUCCUCAUUGCCAGUCAAAUGCCGUUCACUUGUUUCGAUGCAGUGAUUUUUCUCACAUUUUCGUAAAGCAUUAUAUAGCACUUGUAAACGAGGGAGCGGACAAUUUCUAAAUUCUUUGGGCAUAUAAGGUCCUGGUAUCCUUAUAAUUUAGCAGAUAACUUUAAAUAGUGUACUUUAAGGGGUUACAUGGGUUUCGUUGAAAAUUCGGCCUAUUGCAAUAUUUUUUUUUAUAUUAAAAAUUAAAUAUUUUAUUCAAACUUUUUAUUAUUCCAAAGAUACAUAUUUUAUAAAUAUAUUGUUCAAUUUUCAAAAGAAAAUAUUCAUAUUUUAAACGUUCGGCUAUUAGGACAUCAAUUCCGGCAGUCCCUCGAAAAAAAGCUGAGGCCGCGUUGACAGAACUUCUUACAGGAUCAUUUGAAGCAAAAAGAAAACAAAAAAAAUUUAACUUCGGUUGCAUCAAAGUUAUAAUACCCUUUAGAAAUGCAAAAAGAUUUCUCACAAGAAAAAUCACAUCAUAUCUACAGCACUUGCAUCGUUAACUUGGCCAAUAACCCAUGCUAAAUUUGGUGAAGAUAUCUCGUCAAAUAAAAAAGUUGUGCAUACAAGCACAUGAUUCCCAUAGUUCAUUUGUAUGGCAGCUAUAUGCUAUAGUGAUCCGGUAUAGGCGAUUUGGACAAAUGAGGGGGCUCUUGAAGAAAAAAGAACGUGUGCAAAAUUUCCGAUUGAUAUCUCAAAAACUGAGAGACUAGUUCGUGUAUCUACAGACAUGGCUAAAUCGCCUCAGUUCAUCAUGCUGAUCAUUUUUGUAUGCACUUUAUAGGGUCUCCGACGUUUCCUUUUGAGUGUUACAUAGAUCGUGACAAACUUAAUAUACAAUGUUCAGGGUACAAAAAUGAACUGUCAUUUGGUUACCUAGUUCAUGUGAUUUAACUCCGCUAGGCUGGUUUUUGUGGGUAUAUGUCAUGUCACAGUUCUAUACUUAUAAGUGGUGCAUUAAAAUUGACAGGAUCUUAUGAAGGCAAGACAUCGUCAUAAAAGUCCGAAAUUAUGUGCAAGCAACUAAUAAAAAUAAAAUAUUCGCAAUUUUAUUAUUUAUUUUUAUUUAGAAACAUAUAUACCGCUUUAAAAAAAACUAUUUUAUAAAUAAAUUUAAUGCUUAAAAAAUCUCUGUCUUCCUCCCCACGACUUUUGUAACGUUGUAAUUCAAUAAAUACCUAUAAUACAAUAAAGAUCAAAAACACUAUUUAACCAAUACAUCAUACUUACACAGAUAUAUUUAUGUAUAUGUGCAUACAUACAUACUUGUAUAAAUUAUUACAAAACGCAUAUACAAAUGAAUUUAACCAGCGUGAAAAUGAAAAUAAUAAAAAUGUUAAAAUAGUUGUAAAACUAUUAUUUCCCAAGUUUAUUUUUUUUUUGCAAGCACUCCAGAAUUUUUAAUUUUUGCCCUAAGAAAAUUAUGAAACAUAAACAAGCUCUCUUUUUUCAAAUUAAACCUUGCCCAAAUCAGGUUUCUUUUCCCAUAUAUAUAACAUGGAAUUUUUUAAUACUUUGCAGUAAACCUACAACUUUAAAUAAAUAAAUAACCAAUACAAGAUUAUCCCCCCUACAAAAAAGAUUUAAAGAUUUUUUCCAUAAAAUCACUCCUUUAAAAGUUAUACACAGUUAAAAGUUAUACGUCAAAUUGUAUUGUAUUGUAUUGUAUUCCUACAGUACACCAUGUCGUAUGAGCAACACAGAAUGUAUGAAUGCUCAGGUCAUUUGAUACAUAACCUUAACUGCUGUAAAAUUUUAAGAGAAUAUUUUUAUGGAAAAAAUCAAUCAGACCUCUUUUAUAGAAUGCUAAAUCUUGUAUUGGGAUAUCCUCUUUUCAAAGUUUAUGUGCUUUGAAGAUACAAAAUUUAUUGCAAAAAAUCAAAAAAUUCCAUGUUAAUUAUAUGGGAAAAAUAAUAUGAUUUUGACACCGUUUAAAUUGAAAAAAGAACGUGUUUACGUUGGAUGCUUUCUCUUAGGGUAAAAACUGAGACUUCAGGUGGUCUUUGCAAAAAAAAAACAAAAGUUGGAAACUAACGGACACCCUAAUAUACACAUAUAAACAUAUAUAUGUAUGUAUAUAUUUAAGAGAACCUAGUAUAAAAACAAUAAGAAUAUGAGCUUAUGUUUAUAUUAGAAUUUAUGUGUAACCACAAAGAACAACCAAAUGUUAUUUAAAUUUAAGAGUGCACUGACAUUUAAGAGUAUAUAUGUAUAUACUUAUAUACCUACUUUAAUAUUAAAUUUGACACAUAUAUACUAAUGUGCAUAUAGCUAGCAUUAUUUACAUGCAUAUGUGUUUUAAUAACUGUGCUUGGUCAGAUACAUAUGUUUGCAUGUGCGUAGAUACUAAAUGAUUUAAGUAUCAUUAUAGUUAACUAACUAUUAAUUAUUCACACAGUAAGUCUGUACAAAAAUUUCGAGGGGAGAACAAUCAUAAACGCUUUGAACUAAGUAGAGAGUAAAGAAGUGUAAUGUGGACCAGUAGCUAAAUGUGUGAAUGUUUAAGCACAAAUAAAACAAAAAACAAAUAAACAAAAACAAUAAGUGAAUAAUAAUGUGUUAUAUAAUUAUUGUUUAAGAUCGUGUGACAAUGAAAUGAAAGCGUGAACGAGCAUAAUAUUAACUAGAUUUUAAUCAGUGCGCCAAACCGUGGCGAAAUAUUUUGGCUUAAAAGUGUUAUUUUAAAAUGAUUGGAUAUUAUUAAUUUUUACAGUCAUAAUCAACCGCUGAUUUCAGCCAACUUUUUUCACGAUUAUGUUAUAGGAAACUACGGGUGUCGCCUUUCAUAUUUCGGGAUUAGAAAACAAAAAAAAUGUUAACCAUCGAAAAUCGCUUUAUGGUUCUUCAAAAUACUUUCCAUUAUGAGCAUUACAUUAUUGCAUACGUUUGAACCAAUUGUCGCAGCCAGAAUUUAUUGUUCUGCGUUGUUUUAGUCGUAUGGUUGCGACAUGUCUAGUUUUUGCAAAAAAAAAAAAAUACAAGCAACCAUUUGCUUGGAAAUGCUUUGUGCCAGAACAACUUUUAAUGGACUCGGCUCAUCUUGCAGCACCCAUACCGUCAACUGCAGUUUACUUGCAGGCUCAUACGCGUAAAGCCACGAUACAUAAUAGUAUUGGAGUGAUCUACGACAUUGGUUGAAUUCACCAUACCAUCAAUAAAAACUAGUCCUUGAUAAAGCUUCAUUGCCAAAAAUUUAAUUAAGUUUAUCGAUGUACUGUUGCUGAGUUAACCCACGUCAAAAGUUAUAAAAAAAAAUUGCGCGAAAUUGUUCGCGAUUUAAAUCCAUUUUUUGACCGAGAGCACAAAUAGCGUUUGUAUUUCAAAACGUUCUGAGUAUGUAUAACAUCAAAAACGUCAAACUUUACGAUACAGUUGUGUGUCAGAUGCCAGAUUACAACUUUGGCUCCCGUAAAUUCGUAUCCAUUUUUGAAAAGUUCGAAACUGAAAAAGUACCACAAUCCAAAAACUCAAAUAUGUAUAAUACACUUAGAAGUUCAUAAUAGAAUAAUAUAUCAUAAUAUAUAUGCAAUAACAUAAAUGGAUAGUCUUUGCCCAAACAAACCGGUAGCUUAGGACGCAUAACUUCUACAGAAACUGGUAUUUGUAAAACUUUAAAUGAAAACGAUAAAGAAAACCGCUCUUCCAUUAACUCAAAUUUUAAUAGGUUGCAAGGUAAAGUCAAUAUCAAGUUAGUAGUAGAAAUAUGAGGUGACACUUACUCAUCAACCUUCGAGAACAAUAUCUAAACUUGCGCCUAUAAAACAGAAUGAACAGUAUGCGCUUAAGAUUAAGACUACAAGUAUAUUGAUUAUAGCUAAGAACAUAUACUAAAUAGUGCAAAUUCCAGAAUCUUAUGUAGGACUGAUAAAAACUGUUCCAAAACCUACGCAGUUUUGUCUUAGUGAGAAUAACAACAAUACGCAUAUAAAUACAUAAAGACAUAAAGACAUACUAAAUUCAAAUAAUCAACUUUCUGAGGAAAACUAACAUAGAAUUACGACUCUCUGACCACAAUUUACUUUGGAUUUUAUUGGACGCAUAUCUAAUCCAGUCAAUUUUUUAUGGCAUACAGUACUUUUUAUGAUCUUGAGCUGUCUUUUCAAUUAUAGUGCUAAAGAUUUAUCAAUGCAUAAAGAUUUAUCAAUGCAUUAUUUUCCAAAUUAAAGGAAAGUGAAAUUGCUUUAAAUCGGAUCUUUUACAUGCGCGAGUCACGAAGUUGUACGAACAGAAGUCUUGAUUUUUAAGAGGUCCGUAACAAUGAUGGCUACGGGUGAACAUAAAUUUCUAAUCCCUCAACAAAAUAUUACAUUUUCAGUAUAUCAGUCUUUAUUUUUGAUUUGCUGUAUGUGCCGGUAGUUCGCCUAUGCGAUUGGGAAUAGAAUAGAAAUGACACUAAAGCUCAGUCGAACUCAAUGUAGACAAAUUGCAAAUUUGGCGACAACUGCCUAAAGCAGAGUAUUAUUAUACGUCUGGAUUUCGAAUAUCGCGCAGCUCACAUUGGUCCCUAGGUAAUAGUUACCAAGGUUUGGGAAAAUUGCUGAGUGUCAACGGCUGUAAGUUAAAUAAUAGACUUAUGUAGGGUUGUAGACAAUCUGUUGCACAAAACAUUUUGUGGGAGAGUUUUUAAGAAAAGUAACAUAAAAAUAUAAAUAUUGAGUUCGGAACUGCAUAGGUACAACACACUGCAUAGAUAAAAACUGUAGAUAUGCUAAGUAAUAUUUAAAAUAUAUAUAAUCUUCAAUAUUAAAUAUAUAUAAUAUAUAUAUAUAUAAGUGUCAUGCAAUAUAAUCAUAAAGUUACAUGCAAACAUAUUUGUAUAUGUGUAAGUGUAAAUAUUGCUCAAAUAUAUAUUUGUAAUUGCUAAUUGUCUACAAAUAUUGGGACUAAAAUUCAAUAAAAUAUAUAUUAACAAGUAUACACGCGUAUUAAGUGUUGAAGUGUAAAAUUCCAUUAAUAACUCCAUAUCAGCACGUGUAAGAGACAAGCAAAUAAAUUAUAAUUUAUAGCGGAAUAUUUUAAUAGACAAAAGGCAUUUUGCAGAGAUAUGUCACGUCUAAUUAAUUGUGAAUAUAAUUGUCUAUUUAGCACACCUGCAUAUGCAUACAUAUAUAUAUAUAUACAUGUAUUGAAAUGUUAUAUAUAUGUACAUCAUAUAAUAUAUAAAAUAUGAGUUAAUUUAUAUCAAUUUAUAUGUCUGCAUGUAAAAUAUAUUCUAAGUUAAUUAAUACGUAUAAAAUAAAGUAAAAUGUAUGUAUUUACUAUUUAGAGAACAUUUAUUUAAUUAGCAAAUUUUAUUAGAAUUUUAAGAGCAAAAAUAUGGAUGUACAUCUCUAUGUUAGUAUCAUGUAUGUAAAUAGUAUAGAAUAACGAAUGUGUAUAGGUGUAAAAAUUUUAAAUUUUAUGUUAAUAAAUCACAAAAUA